GGUACGUCCCUGUCGACGUUAUUUCCCCUCAACUUCCGUGGAUCAUGUUUCACCUCAGCCGACAGUGAAGCUGAUGGUGUGGAUGGCUUUGUGCUGAAAUAAGCGGAGCCUUAGCGGGAGGAAAACGCCGAGACGGGAGAGCGGAGGACCGGAGCGGACUGUCCCGGCCCGGUUCAAGCUUCGUUGAAACAAUAGGAUUAAAACAGAUCUACACACACCACAUGUCCCCCUGACUAACAUUUCCCUGCCGUACUCAUGUCCGUCCAUGUUCCAGCCAUGAGUGUGUUUCCUCCUGUGCGCAGGGACCGCGUCAUCGCCCAGCUCCCCCAGUGUUUCAGCAGAGACGCCGCCCUUCACACUAAAGACGAGUUCAACAACAAAGUGAGGACCGCUUGCCAGGAGCAGCGCACCGGCACCGUGGGUAGGUUUAAAAUCUCCAAAGUCAUUGUUGUCGGUGACUUGGCUGUGGGAAAAACCUGCCUCAUUAAUAGGUUUUGCAAAGAUGCCUUCGAUAAGAACUACAAGGCGACGAUCGGCGUCGACUUUGAGAUGGAGCGCUUUGAGGUGCUGGGCGUGCCGUUCAGCCUGCAGCUGUGGGACACUGCAGGGCAGGAGAGGUUCAAGUGCAUCGCUUCUACAUACUACAGAGGAGCCCAGGCUGUGAUUAUUGUGUUUGAUGUAAACGACAUCGCCUCCUUGGGUCAUGCAAGACAGUGGCUGGAAGACGCUCUGAAAGAGAACGACCCCACCAGUGUCCAGCUUUUUCUCGUCGGCACAAAGAAGGACCUCAGCUCUCCUGCACAGUACGCUCGGAUCGAACAGGACGCCAUCAAACUGGCCCAGGAGAUCAAGGCAGAGUAUUGGGCUGUGUCGUCGUUAUCAGGGGAAAACGUGAAAGAGUUCUUCUUCCGUGUGGCAUCACUGGCCUUCGAGGCCAACGUCCUCGCCGAGCUGGAGAAGAGCGGGUCGAGGCAAAUUGGAGAUGUUGUCAGAAUCAACAGCAAUUCAAACAAUGUGCACGCCACAUCCAAGAAGAAGCAGCCCAACUGCUGCCAGUGAAGACGGACACACGGGUUAAGAGGCAGAGGUACGGACCAAAACAAGACCUUUCUCAGUGGAAAAUGACGGGCUCCGUGGCCGCUUUCCAAGACUUGGGAUUUUGUGGUGAAACUGGGAGGAGGGACGCUGGAAUCCUGGGAUCUUUGAGUUCAGUUUUUCCUGGCCUAGAAAGAAUUUUCCUCAGUGGGCUGUGGAUUCUUGUGGCAUUGCUCAGUUUAACUCGUCUGGCGUUAUGACACAGCGAUCACCCAGAGUCUGUCUGUUUAAAAAAUGACCAUCCUGGUGCCGCCGAAAUGCCCGAGGACAGUGUUUUCAGUGGAAAGAUGUUGGAUGGAUGUGUGGAUGCUUAUGUAGCUCAUCAAUGAAAUAUUUUUGCUGCGUUACUGUUGUUUUUAUAGCGAACGCUUUUUUUUUCCCUCGCAGUAAUGCUCUGUAGUGUACAAUAUAUUCCACUGUUCUGAUGAGUUCUCAUGCUUAGUAGUAUAACUGUUUUUGCCUGGUGCACAGUUUUAUAAUAUCACCGCUGCGUUAUAAGUUACAGCCGUGGACAUUUUUUUUAUAUCUACCAUGUACACUGCAUAGGUACUUUUUCACUUUCUGGUUACUUACUUGUGGUACGAAUGAGUCACCUCAAACUAGUGCUGAUGGGUAAAUCAGAGUCCCAGACAAAAAUGUAUCUUAUUCUUUGUUUAAUUAAAAAAAUAUAUAUAUAUAAACACUUACCAUCAUUUAUUUCUCCUUAUAUUUUACUGAUCUAAUACAUUUUAUGAGAAAUGAAACAUCAGUGAAGAAGUGAUGGUUUUGAAAUGAGUUAUAUUAGACAAGCCGUACACAAGUCAAAGACACCUGUUUAAACAAAAUCAGUCAUAAGCUUGAAUUAUUGAAAAAAAAAAGGAGAUCUGUUGAUAUUUACAGAGAUAAAAAGUGUUAAAAAUAUGAUCAUUAGACUAGUCACUUCCAAAAAGGUAAAAUGUGUGUGUGCUGGUUGGAUUUCUCUGACAUUUUAGGCACAGAUAUUAGCGCUAUUCCCUAAGUUGUGUCAUUGUUGUGACUGCUGAAGCUCUUGAAGGAAUCGAGAUACUGCCCGUCGAUUUGACUCUGGAGUUCGUCUGGGAUGCAGUGGGAGUAUUUGUAAUUUUCCUUAAUCCACUUCCCUCCCUCGGUGUUCUCGAUGGCCACAGCAGCCACACCUGCGGUUAACACGGGUGUGACAUUAUCUUAUUUAUAGGUGAUGACGCUCAGUGAGGUGUGGUGUAUUAUUGUAAUUGCCUGUAAAAGGUUGAGGGUUAAAGGCAGCACUCACCCACAACGGUGGCUCCCAGCUGCUCCACCAGCUUGAUUGCGGCCCUCAUGGUGCCGCCGGUCUCUAUCCACUGGUCCACUAUCAGCACCCUGAGACCUGCAGCGAGGAGACAUGGUGGAUUCUGCUAACAUCUGCCGGGACAUGAGUUCACAGAAGGCGCCUCACUCACUCAAACUGAGUGCCCGGACAAGGCUGCCAGGACUGCGGCCCUUUGUGGUGAACAGACCAGACGCCACAGUAAUUUGCACUAACCAACACUGGGAGGCGCUGCGCCACAUGAAGUGAAAGAUGAAAAGAGGCGCCCCAAAUGGACAAAAUAAUAAUAAUGAUGAUCAUUUCAAA